AUUUCCAUCAGAAGGUCUGUGAGUCUCUGCGUCUGUUCGACGCCUGUCUGCGGGACGCCGGUCUGAGAGCGUGUGUGUACAGCAGCACGCUGUAUUACGCCAUGAGUGUGCGGCUGCACGUGGGCCUGUAUGUGGUGUUUAUUCUGGACUGGUUGUCAGUGUUCAGCCGUGAUCAGCUCUUAGUUUUGCGUCUGGAGGAUCACGCUGCAAACCUGACGCACAGCAUGAACAGAGUCUUCCACUUCCUGCAGUUAGGUCCGGUGUCUGAACAGACAGAGAGACUCAUCAGCAGACGUCCCGUGGCAAACACCAGGGAUCCGUCGGACAGGAAACUGGGGCCGAUGAAGCCGGUGACACGAGAGCUGCUCCGGCAGUUUUACGCUCCUUUCAACCAGAAACUGUCUGCGGUGCUGCAGGAUGAGUCCUUCAUGUGGUAGAGUCGCUGCCAUUCACACGCAGAUCGCCUGUCAGAUGAGUUUGAUGCUGAUUGUUCAUUCCCUGGAUCAUGAAGGGGCUUUUUGUAAAUGUUGAAGUAUGUUUAAACCACGCAGAGAAAAAAAACCCUCUCUUUUAAGUGUUUGAAUCGCUGACAUCAGUGUGCAGUUUUACAGUCAGCAUGAAAAAUAAUUCAUGCUCAUAUUUUCUUCUCUAUUGUGCCGUAUAUCUGAGUGAAACUGCUUCUCAAACAAGAACAAAUGUAGGAUGGGGCUUGAUUUUGUUUGUGGGGAA